AGUUAAUCACUAGUGUUGACUAUAUUCAUUCCCUCUCACUUUAUCACAUCUCUGUAUCUUAACUCUAUCUGCUAUUAUAAGCACUAUGCCGGCUGUGUGUCUGCCUUUGAGCACAGGUGAGAACUCGUUCGAUGUCCAGCUGUGAGAGCGGAAAGCGGCGCUGGAAACAUCCCGGGCAGACGCUCACUCGUCCCAGGUAAAUUCCCGGGUUGAAUCUAACGCUCCCAGCACCUCAACUCCGAGUGUUUCUCUGCCCAGGCCCAGCGCACCUACAACGUGGCCCGCCCAGGUAUCGUUCACUCCGGCACCGGUGCACCACGGACCCUGGAUGCUGCAGCAGCGGAAGACACGAGCCAAGCCCCGGUCGAAGACAUCUCCCCCGCUUCGCCACUCUCUGCAAAACGGAACGUCAUACUGUGAUUCUUGGAGAUUCCAUCGUCCGGCAUGUCCGCGCUACCGGAGACAAAGUAUUGGGUGACCUACGUUCCUGUGGUGGUGAACAUGACUGCGAGUUCUCCAGAAGAACAAAUGCUGUAUUAUUACAGUGCUCCAGUACAUGUGGUGCCUCCUCAGCAGUACUCAGUCCAUCCCACAGGAUUCAAUACAUGCUACACUCUACUCCCUGAACCUACUACCCCAACAAAUGUGUCGGCUGCAGGGAUGUUCUACUAUAAUGAUCAGGCCGUGUACAACCAGACUCCAUUCCCAAUGGUCCCUCCACUGCAGCAACAUCCAUCUACCAAGAGGAAGAGGAAAACAAUCGUUGUCUGAGAUCCUAACCAGGACAACAAGGACAUCAUGGAGGAGAUCAUAUCAGAAGCUGGCAGGAGUCGGAAGCCCACUCUGCCAGUGGGAAAUGUCUUUUCCGUCCCUAUGCCUCUGCAGUUACUAGCAGAUGAUAAGAUUUAUUUGGGACCGAAUUUCGGGGGACGACGGCUGAACUGGAAGAACGGCUGCGAUGGAGAAACUAGCGCUAGAGCCACAUCCGGAGCAUCAGUAAAACUGGACGCAGUGCCAGACUCGACUACAAACAAGCCUGCGCUAUCAGAGGAGGAAAUGGAGAAACGCUCUAAAUCCAUUAUUGAGGAGUUUCUACACAUAAAUGAUUACAAAGAGGUCUCGCAUUGCGUGGAGGAACUGGACCAGGGCGAGAUGCUGUACGUUUUUGUUCGGGUGGGUGUGGAGACCACGCUGGAGCGAAACCAGAUCACACGUGACCACAUGGGUCAUCUGUUCCAUCAGCUGCUGCAGGCUGGGAUCCUCUCCACAUCUCAGUUUUUUAAAGGGUUCUCAGAAACCCUCGAGAUAGCAGAUGAUAUGGCGAUUGACAUUCCUUAUGUAUGGCAGUACAUAGCGGAGCUCGUUAAUCCUGUGCUUCGGGAAGGAGGAAUCUCUUUGAGAGAAUUAUUCAUAGCCAAAAGGAAGUGGAGGCCUUAUGGAGGGACUCUAAACUGAGCUGGGCUGAUUUUCUUCCUGAAACCGUGGAUGGGAACAACUUCAUUACUGAGCAGCCCUGAUGAAGUCUGAUGACCUGAAGAGGGUGGAGCUGAGACUUCAGACAGCAGACAGACUUCUGAGGAGGAACAUCAGCACCACAUGAGAGGUGGCAGCAGGAUGGGGGCAGGUCAUGACGUGGAUGAAACUGUGGACGAAAUCUCCGCGAGACGAUACGCCGUACUGUGAUCCUUGGAGAUUUCAUUGCCCGGCAUGUCCGCGCUACCGGAGUCAAAGGUAAGGUGCACACUCGCUGUUUUCCUGGUGCUCGUGUUCUCGAUGUCGCUGCACAGGUACCUGCGAUCCUGAACGAGAACUUCGGAGCGGUUGUUCUCCAUGUCGGAGCAAACGACACCCGGCUGAGGCAAACAGAGAUCUUAAAGAGGGAUUUCAGGAUUCUGGUGAAGACGGUACGCAGCACAUCGCCCACAACGAGGAUCAUAGUGUCAGGACCUCUUCCCACUUACCAGCGAGGGGCUGAGAAG